CCUCUCUUUUUUUUAAAGAAUACCUGUCCUUCUCUGCUUCUUCUCUCUCGUCUGACUCUGCAAAAUUUUUUCUGCAGAGAAAGACCAAACCAAGCGCACAGACAAGACCAAACAAAACAAGAAACAAGUAGCAAAACCAAAAACUCAAGCAAAACCCUACUAAAAACUGUCCUGUCUCUUUCUCCCUUCGAGUGGAAUACCAACAAGUCUUCUGUUUCUGCUGCUGCUCCGUUUUCAAAGAUGCUGAGUAACGGGCGUGGACAUGGUGGAAAGCAUGUGUACGACGGAGUUUUUGGCGGUGGCGGUGGUGGUGCAGUGAAGCCUGGGAGUCGCGUGGAGGAUUAUGGAGAGAUCUUCGGUGGGUUUGGUGCUACUGGUUCUUCGAUUCCGAUUCUUGAUGUUCCCGAGCUGAAUGAGAAUGGUGAUGUUUCUUCUGUUGGUUCACAAAGGAUUGAUUACGCCAAGAUUUUUGGUGGUUUUGGAGAUGCUGAUUUUGGCUUGCCUCUUGAAGAAUUCCUUGCUAAACCAAAGAAAGUCAAGAGUUCUAUCAAUGGAACUCGGUCUCCAGCUGAAGCAAGGUCGCGGAAUGCAGUGUCAAAACAUUCUAAUGUUUCAAAAGAUAAAAAAGGUUCAUCACCUGAACCAUCUUUCCAGAGGUUUGGUGGCGUGAAACAGUUUAAUGUGUCUUAUAAUAAAAGCAACCCAGGAAACAAAAAUGGGGCAAAUGGAAUGACACAUGUUGCUCAACUCCAUGCAGUUCCUGGUUAUACUUUUUUAGUUGAUGAAGUCACUCCCUCAAAGAUGGCUGAAGGUGGCAAGCCAGCACGAUCAGCAUUAGAUGAUGCUUGUCUCAAUGUUGAUGGCAGCAAGAGUGUGAAGGAAGAUGCAGCUCACAGGAAAGCUGUGUCAGGUCCACAACCCAGCAUUGACACAUACAGUUUUAGAAGUCUUGCUGAAUUUCAGAAGAAAUCAAGUCGACCUAGAUCCAUGUCAAAUGAUAUGCCAUUUGAUGCAUUUGAAAUUGGCCUAGGUAGACAUCCAUCUUCAAGCUUACCAUCUAACUCCAGUUAUAAUAAUGGUGGUGAAAAUACAUCAAUGGAUUCAAAGUUUGGUGUUUCUAGAAAUGAUGCUUCUAGAGAUGCAUUGGGUGAUUAUUCACCAGCUUUAUCUGAUGAGGAAAUAGAUGCAAAUUCAGAUGCUGCUGCCUCAGUAGCUGCACUUAGAAAGGCAAUAGAGGAGGCUCAAAUGAAAAUUAAAAUUGCAAAAGAAUUGAUGGAGAGAAAGAAAGAAGGGCUUCAAAAUCAUGCAAAGACAAGCUUUAAUAACGGCUGGAAAGCUCAGAAAAGUGGGGUUAAAACUGCAGAAAGAUCAAAAAAAAGAUCCAUUGAGCUGGGGGAUCAGGAAAUGCAUGAAAAAGAGGAUACUCCAAAGCAAGUAUUUACUGGCUUAUCAGAGCAUAACGUGACAAAAGCAAGCCAACUACCCCAGAGUUUUGAAGAUGAGAAGAAAUCUUCUUUUGCUAAUAAUGUUGUUAGAAAAACACACAGCAUGGAAUCCAAAUCAACUCGAAUGGAAAGUAGACUGGAAGAAGCAGAAGACUGGGAGUCAACAGAAGAGUUUUUUGAAGCUGCAGACUAUGAGGAGCACAGGGAGAUGCCAUCAGAAUAUGAGGAGGCAGGCAAUGCAGAGAAAAUGGUGUCAUAUGAUCAUGAAAAUAAAUGGAGAGAGAAGAUGACUGCAGAAGAAAAAAUCAAAAUGCCAGGGCGCAGCGAGGAAGCUUUUAAGGAGCACAAGGUCGAGAGAGAACUAAGUUCAGAAGAGUUUUUUGAAGCUGCGGACUAUGAGGAGCACAGGGAGAUGCCAUCAGAAUAUGAGGCAGGCAAUGCAGAGAAAAUGGUGUCAUAUGAACAUGAAAAUAAAUGGAGAGAGAAGAUGACUGCAGAAGAAAAAAUCAAAAUGCCAGAGCGCGGCGAGGAAGCUUUUAAGGAGCACAAGGUCGAGAGAGAACUAAAUUCAGUUGUAGGAGCAUUUCAGUGGAAUUUAUAUGCAAACUUCGUUAAGCCAGCUCGAGGGCUUCAUAACCAGGAAGAAAACGUGGAGAAAAUGAGAAUUUCUAACAAUCAUGAAGAAGCUGAACAAACAUCUAUAGUGUCUGAUGAUUGGGAAGACUGUGAAACUAAGCCGGAAAAACUUCAUCACCCUCACAAAAAAGCAGAAUUUCCAAUCCAGGAGUUGGAGGAGAAUGAAGAAAUGAAGGAACUAAAAGAUGCUCAGGACUCCGUGGAAACUGAGAAGAAACAAAGGGAGGCACUAGAUAAUAAGGAAAUGGAGAAUAGAUCAGAUGAAGCUCCUAUUACCGAAGAUGAGUAUGAGGGAAGCCUCGAUGAUAUAUAUGAGAAAGAAGCAAAUGUGGAGGGACUGGAAGAAGACUGGGACAGGAUAGAAUGUGGAAUGAAACAAGGUGGUUGGAACCUAGAAGAAAAUGAGGAGAAACAAAAUGAUUUGCACAGGGGAGAAAUAUCAGGUGAAGAUGGUGGGAUAGAAGGGAGUGCGAAGCUGGAAGAACUCAAGGAGGAUGAAGAGAUACUCAAAAGAAGUGAUCAGAUGAAUGAAAUUGAGAAGAGAGGAGAGAAGAUGUGUGAAGAGAUAGAAAGUGAGAGGAUAAGAUCAGAGAGUCAUCAGGGAGGAGAAGAUAAAGAGGCCAUGGAAGUGACUGAACAGUCCUUAAGAUACGAGGGGGGCAAUCUUGAAACUGCGAAGGAUGCAAAUGAGCAGGAAAAAAGUGAGAACCUAGGUGAGAGUGACAAUGCCUGGGGACGAACUACAAACUUUGCUGUUGGGGAUUUAAAGACACAAGUUCUUACAGCCAAGGAGAAUGGAAGGCUAAUGGAGGUAACUGAAUUUUCUCCUCUGUUACAAGGGACUGAAAAGGAGUCAAAGGCAGUCGAAGACGCAAACAGUCCGGAGGAACAUGAUUGUGGAAUUCCUUGCUUGGCUCAAGGAUUCAUUGGACUUGAUAGGAUCAAGAAGCAAACUCCAGAUGUAACUGAGGCUCUUCUUAUUGGCGAAAAUGGGGUAUAUUUUGGUGAAAAUGACAUUAACUUUGAAAACAAGCAAAAUCAUCAUGUAACAGAUUACAAGAGCAUGCCUAAUCAAGAAAAAGGCAUUGAAGAUGUAACUAUUGAAUUGGAUGAUAAUGGUGGUGAUGAUAUUUGUGAACCUGAAGUUCACGCUAGUAAUGAAGAAAGUGAGAAGAGUUCGAUGUCCUCUGAUAAUGAAAGAUGGUCCAGUGAUGAGAUAGAAUCAAUUUGUGAUCCAGAGUGUUGUAUUGAAGAAGCUGCUUGUGAAUUUGGAGAAAAUAACGAGGAUAUCAAGGAGUCUGAAGUUAUAGCAAAUCACGAGAAUUCUUUUGAAUCUUCUCAUGAUGAUAGAUGCGUAGAUAAUGGUAUCAAUACCAAAGCAAGUCAGCAACCUUGUAUAUUUAAAGGGCAAGGGGAGAUCACAGAGAAAUCCAUGGAAGAGGAAUUAAGCCAAAGCACCAGCAAGAAAGAGGAGAAUUGUUGCAAAAACCUGGCAAUGGAAGAGAAAGAAUGUGAAGAUGAUUUGAAAAAGGAAGUGGAGGUGGAACAGGAACACUUUAAGAAAAACGAAAAAGUGAAAGAGGGGGAAGUAGAAAGAGAAAAGGAGAGAAUAGCGGUUGAAAGGGCAAUAAGAGAAGCACGCGAAAGGGCUUUUGCAGAAGCACGCGAAAGGGCUGCUAUUGAGAGAGCAGCUGCAAAAGCUCAUCAAAGGUCAAAGGCUGAGGUCCGAGAAAGGCUAGAGAAGACUCCUUCAGAAGCUAAUAACAAGUCAGCAGCUGAGAAGGCUUCUUCUGAAGCCAAACUAAAAGCUGAACGUGCUGCAGUAGAGAGAGCAACUGCAGAGGCCAGGCAGCGUGCCCUAGAAAAAGCAUUGUCUGAGAAGGCUGCUUUUGAGGCAAGAAAUCAGGCUGAAAAGUCUACAGCUGAGAGACUUUCAAGCAUUUCAAAAGCUAACGGGAUGAAUACCAGAGAUAAACAAUACAAGGACCCAGGUCCUUCUAGCAGUUCAAGAUAUACAGGUUCUUCAAAUCAUGGUGAAAGUGCUAAUGGAGGUAAUGGUGAAUCAGCUCAAAGGAGUAAAGCCACGUUGGAAAGGCAUCAAAGAACAGCAGAGCGUGCGGCAAAAGCUCUUGCAGAGAAGAAUAUGCGUGAUCUUCUUGCUCAAAAAGAGCAGGCGGAGAGAAAUAGACUGGCAGAGACUUUGGAUGCUGAUGUCAAGAGAUGGUCUAGUGGGAAGGAAAGAAACUUGCGUGCUCUUCUUUCAACACUGCAAUAUAUACUUGGCCCUGAUAGUGGCUGGCAGUCAAUUCCUUUAACCGAGCUUGUUUCAAGUACUGCUGUGAAGAAAGCUUAUCGAAAGGCCACUCUAUUUGUUCAUCCUGACAAGUUACAGCAACGAGGAGCAAGCAUACAACAGAAAUACAUCUGCGAGAAGGUUUUUGAUCUUCUAAAGGAUGCCUGGAACAAACUCAGUGCAGAAGAACGGUAGACAAUGUCAACCCUCGUCCCUAAGGUUUCCUUUUACUGUAGACAUGAUCCACAGCCAAAUUUGUAAUCCUCAAUCCUUCACUGUAGGCAAACACACCCACCUUCGUAUCCCUGGUCCGCAAUACCUAAAUCCUUGCAGUAGGUAAAUUCUUGUAGUGCAUUCAUUUGCCCAUGUAUUCAAUUUCAAAGCUGUCAAAAGGGGUGCGUAGAAGUUACUCUGCCCAUUGUUUGAUAUUAGAUUUCAUGACAGAAAGGGGAUUUCAGGCAUAGAUGAAAUAUACAGAGACUGAAAAGCUU